AUGUCUUUCCAAUCAGACUCCGAAGGGCUCCUAUUCCACCCCAGGGAUGCUGCUGGGGUCGUGAGCCCAAGUGAGCAGGCACAAGCACGCUGUAGCUUUAAAAAGUCAGCCAUGAGACAGAAGGCAGUUGUUGCUGGAGUAAAAGAAGACCGAAGCCUUCCAAUGUACUCAGUUGACGUGGAAAACAAGGAAAAUGGCUCUGUUGGUGUCCAAAAUGCCAUAGAGAAUGGGAGACCACUGGACCCUGUGGACUGGGCCGUAAUAGAUGUUGUCAAUUAUUUCCGUACAGUCGGAUUUGCAGAACAAGCCAUUGCUUUUCAAGAACAGGAAAUCGAUGGAAAAUCCCUGCUGCUGAUGACAAGGAAUGAUGUGUUGACAGGACUUUCAUUAAAAUUGGGUCCUGCUCUGAAAAUCUACGAAUAUCAUGUAAAACCUCUGCAGACACGGCAUUUAAAGAACAACUCCUCAUAAUACAGUCAAAUUGGGGCCUUGGACCUCAAAUAAUAAAUGAUUAAGUAAUUUA